CAUUGAACGGAAAUAGAUCUAGUUGGUAAUGUAGUUGUUUGGCAAUCCUCUUGAAGCGUUUGAGUAAUUUUUGCAUUAAAAUGUCCCAUGCUGCCUUACAUAGGUACUCUAACGGAGUAUGAAUGUUCUUAACGGCCAUGGCUGGUGUUUUAUUCAUUUAUAUACAUAUAUAUGCAAAAUAACUUGCAAAAGUGCAACUAACUCUGUGAGCUGUUUGUUAGCAAGCCGUCGACGUUAGCUAGCUGAUGGACUGGCUGUUCACGUCCGCGUUCCGGUCAAGUUCUUUUCCGCAUUCAUGGUGUGGAGGUUGGCUACGUAGCUAUAGCCUGCCUGAGGACUAAAGACAGUGGAUUAUUUGUUCUUCCCGAUAACUACUCUAAGACCAAAGACGUUACAACUACGGCGAUAUUUCGAACUAUCAUAGCAAGGGAAUGUCUGAAAAUGAUCACUUUGCAAGUUCCAAAAAGGAGUUUGACAAAACUGUCCUGGUGACUGGAGGCGCCGGUUUCAUCGGAUCACAUGUGGUCAUUUCCCUUGUGGAAAAGUACCCAAACUGGCAUAUCAUCAACUUGGACAAGCUGGACUACUGUUCAAGUUUAAAGAACCUUGCAUCUGUUGAGCAGAGAGCAAAUUACACCUUUACUCAGGGGGAUGUCUGCAGUCCGUACUUCAUUAAUCAUCUCUUUGCAACGCAGAAUAUUGACAUUGUUUUCCAUUUUGCUGCUCUGACACAUGUAGAAAAUUCCUUCAGGUGUCCCGCUGAGUUCAUGCGCGUGAACGUGGAUGGGACCCGUGUGCUUCUAAACGCCGCCCGAGAUUCGGGGGUCCAGAGGUUCAUCCAUGUCAGCACUGAUGAGGUGUACGGAGACAGCACCGGCAGGGCGUUUGACGAACUGUGCCCAAGACGACCAACAAACCCCUACUCUGUGUCGAAAGCCACAGCUGAGUGUGCCGCACUGUCCUACUGGAAGAAGCACGAGCUUCCAGUAAUAGUGACACGAAGCAACAAUGUUUAUGGACCACAUCAAUAUGUCGAGAAGGUCAUUCCAAGAUUUAUAUCACUACUUCAGCAAAACAAAAAGUGCACCAUCCAGGGGUCUGGCCUCCAGUCUCGCCACUUCUUGUACGUUGAUGAUGUCACAGAGGCAUUCCUGACUGUGAUGGAGAAGGGCACCCUGGGAGAAAUCUACAACAUCGGGACCACCUGCGAGCGGGCAGUCACACAGCUGGCUCGAGAGCUGAUCCAGACGGUGCAGGGUCUGUCUUUGGAUGCAGAUGUUGAUGGCUGGAUGGAGUUUGUUGAGGACCGGCCCUGCCAGGACCUGAGGUACCCGCUGAUCUUCGACAAGAUUCAGGGGCUGGGCUGGAGGCCCAGAGUGUCCUGGGAGGAAGGAGUCCGGAAGACCAUUGACUGGUACAUGCACAAUCCUCACUACUGGCUGGACCCCGAAGCGCUCGAACAAAGCAGCCCGCCUUUACCCGAGCACAAACAUUCCAAUUGCUCCAUUCAUCAGCAGCUGGAGAUCAGCAGCAUCGACCAGCGCUCAGGUGUGAGCUCACAUCUCACAGAAUGAUUCACCUUUUUAAAUCCAGCUAUUGCAUAGCCUUCAAGUGUCAUCUGUUAUACAGAGUUAACAGAAAAUAUUUUGUAUGCAAUUCAGAUCAAUUUGUAUGUAAUUGUGAGUUUAAAAAAAAAAUGUAUUAGCCUUUGUCAAUAAAGCAUUAACAAUCUGUGUCAAUAAAGAAAAGAAGCACUUUAAAUGCUUUGUUGAACAUUUAAGAAAGUAGACUUUUUUCCCCGGGCGUUAUUUUAUUUCCAUUUUCCCACAGAAUCAACUAAAGCUAUGUUAAUUAGCUAAGUGAACGCAAGUGAAAUGUUGGCUAUGGAAGCUUUUCUGUCAUGCAUCACAUUGUUUUAAGAACAAGCUAUUUUUUCAUACGCAUAUAUGUUUUAUGUUUUCAUUUCAUGGCCCAGUGACUUUGUAGAAAAAGUCCUGAUUAAUACAUUUCAGUUAGCUUGGGCACUUGUGAAGUGUAAGGGUAUUCAGUGAAACCAUGCUGGACACUAUUAAAUGGUACAAGCACAUGUUAGUGUGGUCCAGAUUUAAUAGAUUCUUCAUAUUUCUGUUGAUUUACAUUAAAAAAAAAAAAAUAUUGUUCCCAUUGUUUUCCAAAUAGUAGUAAAGCUGUGGUAGUUUAUGUUCUCGUUACUCCCCCAUUUUAUCGAGAGUAACGAUUAAGACUUCAGUGUAAAUGUUUCCCUAUCUCCAGACAAAUGUGCUUUGAAAUUAAAUUAAAUAAGCCACUGGUCUUUAUCCUUCUGA